UUACUUAGUUUAUGAAUACAUUUGUAUGUAUUGACUGUGCAAUAGGUGUCAAACAAAACAUUGUUAUUGUGUUUACUAUUUAUUUGAUGUUUGAAUUGCGUUACAAUUGAUUGAAUAAAUUGAUUGCCAUUUAGUGGACAUUGACUUCAAAGUGAGUGUCGAGUCGUUAAUGACAUGACUUGAGUGAAGAAGACAUCGAAAGGAGAUAUGGUUUGCGAUAAGUGUCAGACAAAACUCGGUAAAGUGAUAACUCCGGACACGUGGAAAUCGGGCGCCAGAAAUACGACCGAGAGUGGCGGACGUGCUAUCAAUGAAAACAAGGCGUUGAGCGCCAAGAAGUCGCGUUACAAUCCAUAUCAGGCAAAGUUUGAGACCUGCAGGAUAUGCAAACAAAAGGUCCAUCAAUUGGGAUCACAUUAUUGUCAAAGUUGUGCUUACAAGAAGGGUAUUUGUGCGAUGUGUGGCAUCAAAAUCAUUGACACCAAGAAGUACGCCCAAAGCACCGUCUGAUUUAUCACUUAACUGUCGAUUCAUUUCUAAUUUUAAGAAAUUGUUUUUUGCUAUUUGUUUUAGU